GGGUGACAUGCCCACAUGCUGAGUAGCUGUAACCUCUCAGAGAGAAGCUGUGAAGCUCUGUCCUCAGUCCUCAGCUCCAAGUCCUGCAGUCUGAGAGAGCUGGACCUGAACAACAACAACCUGCAGGAUUCAGGAGUGCAGCUGCUUUCUGAUGGACUGGAAAGCUCACAUGGCAGACUGGAAACUCUUAGGCUGAGUCACUGUGGUCUGUCAAAGAAGAGCUGUGAAGCUCUGUCCUCAGUCCUCAGCUCCAAGUCCUGCAGCCUGAGAGAGCUGGACCUGAGUAACAACAACCUGCAGGAUUCAGGAGUGCAGCUGUUGUCUACAACACUACAGAGUCCACACUGCAGACUGGAAACUCUCAGACUGUCAGGCUGUCUGAUCACAGAGAAAGGCUGCAGAUCUCUGGCCUCAGCUCUGACCUCAAACCCCUCCCAUCUGAAGGAGCUGGACCUGAGCUACAAUCAUCCUGGAAUCACAGGAUUAACGCUGUUGACCGGUCUACAGGAUUCACAAUCAAAGCUGGACACUCUCAGGUUGGAGCCUGCUGGAGUCCAGUGGUUGACACCAGGUUUGAUGAAGUAUUCCUGUGAACUCACAAUCGACACCAACACGGUAAACCACAGAAUCCAACUGUCUGACAACAACAGGAAGGGGACACUUGUGGAGGACUCUGUGUUAUAUCCUGAUCAUCCAGACAGAUUUGACUGUCCUCAGCUGCUGUGUAGAGAAGGUCUGACUGGGCGCUGUUACUGGGAGAUUGAGUGGACAGGAGGAGUGGAUAUAUCAGUGAGUUACAGAGGAAUCAGAAGGAAAGGAAACGAUGAGUUUGGAAGAAACGAUCAGUCCUGGAGUCUGAGCUGCUAUGAUAAUGGUCAUGAAGUUGGCUACUCUGUCCUUCACAAUAACAUGGAGACAGAUAUUACCCGCCCCUCUAUCCCCUCACCCUCCACCACGUACAGAGCAGCGGUGUAUUUGGACCACACUGCUGGCUCUCUGUCUUUCUACAGAGUCUCCUCCGACACACUGAUCCACCUCCACACCUUCAACACCACCUUCACUGAACCGCUCUAUCCUGGGUUUAUGUUCUGGCUCAGAUAUGAAGGUUCCUCUGUGUCUCUGUGUCGUCUGUAGAGGGAGAGUCUCCUUCUGUUCACUGCUGAUCAGUAUCACCCCAUUCAAGGCUCUCCAUAACCUCCGUCCCCUCUGUACCUCUCUGAUCUCCUUCAUACCGACACACUGACCCUACUCUCCGGUCUUCCUCCUCCACGCCGCUCUCUGUUCCUCCUGCCCGCUUAACCUCUAUCAUGGACCCGCCGUCUCUGGAACUUUCUCCCACCAACCCUGUGACACAGACUUUAUCUCGACUUUAGAAUCCUGUCUCCAAACUUACCGUUUUAGAAUCCCCCCCGCAGGACUAACCAUCGUUCCUGGGGGACAUGGCCUUCUCCAUUGCUGCUCCCACCCUCUGGAAUUAACUCCCAAAAACCAGAGACCUCUCCCCCUCACUCUCCACCUUCAAGAAAUCCCUAAAAAAAAAAAGAAACAACUCUCUUCUUCACCUCCACGUGAUUGCUCUAAGUACAUUCUUCCAGUUCUCACACAUGAAUUGCAAGAUGUUCCUCUAUGUUUCCAAGGUAUAGAAGACAGCAACGGACCAGAUUUGGGUCGGAGUUCUUGUAAGUCGGUUAUAAAUGUUAGUAUAAAACAGCAGCCUCUCCCUGAGAGGGUGUAUUUGAUCUGUGGUAAUAGAGCUUAUAGCUGCAUGCCAUACAAACAUUUAAAAGGGAUCUGCUAUUUGGCCUACUUAGUUCCAAUGAUUAGAGAAGUAGAAUCUAAAGAAAUUGCUGCGCUGCAUCCACCAAUGGAUAGACAGAAAAGAGAAAUAUUUGGGUUUCAGGAGGCAGCGAGCAUCCUUUUGCCAUCAUAUGGUGUUUCUGUGUCUCAGCAGGAAAUUAAAGCAUUAUCUAAAGUAUUGGAGAAUCAUCUUAACGCCUCUAGUAGAGCUAUGCUAGCUGAACACAAAGAGCUUCAGGAGGUUAAAAAACGUGGUAAUGCAGAACAGAAUGGCUCUUGAUCUCCUCCUAGCUACAAAAGGGGGAACCUGCAAAGUUAUUGGUACUGAAUGUUGUUCCUAUAUUUCUGAUGCUACUACUGAUGUUAUGAAUAUGGUACACGACACCGCACAAGGGAUAAGAGAACUGCAUGAAAACCAUGGGUUCAAUUUGGGGAUUUUAAAGGAUUGUUGGGUUCCUGGGGUGCUGGUAUUUCUAACCACUCUUGUGGUUACCUUGAUGGCGAUUCUAUUUUUAGUAGUAUGUCUGAUAACUAUAAUUAAAGUCAUUUUUCCACGUGCUGUUAAACCUAUUAGCCAGGCCUCUCAGGUUGUUAUUGAUAAUAAUAUUGAACUCAUGCCAGUUAAUCAUGAACAAAGGCCUUACAUUUGUGAAGAGUGGGUUCCCCCAGGUUACCCUGAUAUUGAAGAAGAUGAUGUUUCACUGAAUAAAGAUUGAUAUAUGUGUGUGGCAGUGAUCAACAGGGAGGAGGGAGAGAGCCUGUUUCAAAUUAAACAUACAUGUAAAUUAGGGUUUAAGGUUUGAAUUUUUCUAGGUUUUGUUUCUAUUUUGACAAUCACAUUUAAUAUUAAAUGAAUGUUAUAUUUUGAAUGAAGAUAAAUUAGUGGUGUAUUUUGAAUAAAAUGCUAUGUUGGUGUUGGGGUUUUAUCAAGUCAA